AUGGCUUCAUAUCCCGCGCAAAACCUCGGACCGACAAAUAUUUUGGCUGCUGUUGCAGAGCUUGGAGUUGGCGGAAAUGGUGCAUUCAUUGAUGGAGAGUUCAACGGAGGCGAGUGUCGCAUCUUCAAGCUUAGCUUCAAAGAUCAAGCGAGUAUCGCCGUUCGAGUGCCGCAUCAAGUUGACGAUCAAGACGACAUAAUCGCCAUGGUUCAAAUUGAAGUGCGCAUUCUUCAGAUGCUUGAAAAAAAGGGUUUCCAAUGGUCCCCGAGAUGUUGCGGCUUUAGCUUGACGUUCGACAACCCGAUCAAAUAUCCGUUUAUUAUAUUGACUUGGGUUGAGGGUUCACCCUUAUCUUGGGAUGAUAACUUUCCACCACAGCCACUUCGAGGCGUGUUACUUAAUCAAAUAGCCUCGAUACAGCUGUCUUUGAUCACAUGCACACUAGAAGAUCGUUCUACUUCCACAGCAACCUUCUUCCAACGACGUAUGAAGAACAGAUCCACUCAGGUGCGAGAAGGCAGAAUUCCUGGUCUUUCGGAAGAAGACUGCAUCAAUCAGUACGCUGCAGUUUGCCAAGUGCUUGGCCAAGAUCAACAUGAUACUGCCUUUGCCGUGAAGCACGGUGAUAUUAAGCCGAAUAAUAUUAUUGUCGAUGAAGACUAUAACAUCAAAUGUGUUAUCGACUGGGGCUUUGCCACAUUUGUACCAAUCUCAAAAGCCGCAGGCCUGCCGUGUUUUCUAUGGUCCAGCGACAAAGACCCGGCGGGAGUUACACCGAGCCAAAGUCUGCUAAAGGAUAUACGAGCAUAUAUCACUUGUUUUUCAUCACAGACUUUGCCAAUGGAGUUAUCAAUGCCGCACUUGAAUAGCACCGAAGACGUGUAUUUCCGCAGCCUUUGCUUGGAGUCUACUUCGAGCAAACAGGUGCACGCUUCCAUGGCGAGAGCUGGAUGGAAACUGCCUUAUGGCGAGUUCCUUAAAGAUACUAAAGACCAUGAUUAA